UAUGCUUUCUUUUUAAAUCUGAGUGGGAAGGGGUCAGGUAGCUAAUUAACAUCUCCCCCGCGUUAGGCUUGGAUCCAAUCUUCCCUCACUUAUGUCAGGGAUGGCAAAUGCCUGGAAAAGAGAAAACAACAAACAGCCUAAACUCCUAUCUCCCAUCCUUCUCAUCCUCUCACUCUCUCUCCUUCUCCUCCUCUUUCUCUUCUUCUUCUCUGCUCGGUCCCCGUCGAAUCCUCCUACCUCCACACUAUUUGUAACCCAAGUUUACCCAAUCCCUUCUUUUAAUUGCUUAGAAUCUCCACAAGCUCACCCUGUGGUUGCCAACAUUGUGGAAAACCUCAAAUACCCCUUUCUCUACUCUCUCUCAGAUUUUGGGUCUUUGCCUGACAAGCCCCACAAGAACAUUGUGAGGCUUCUGAAAGGAAAGCCUUUCAGGAAGCCAGAUAUUUCUGCCACGAUUCAGCAACUUCUUGAAGGGAUGAAAGGAAGAAAUGGGUUGGUGGUGGAUGUUGGGGCUAACGUGGGAAUGGCGAGUUUUGCAGCCGCGGUAAUGGGUUUUAAAGUGCUGGCUUUCGAGCCAGUGAUUGAUAAUCUUAAGAGGAUUUGUGAUGGGAUUUGGUUUAAUCGUGUUGCGGACCUGGUUACUGUUUUUGAGGCUGCUGUCUCUGAUCGGAUUGGGAAUAUUACUUUUUAUAAGCUGGUAGGUCGGCUUGACAAUAGUGCUGUCUCAGCCAAUGGUGCAAAGUUGGCGUUCAAGUCCAACGAAGAAAUAGCCUUUCAAGUAAGGACCGUUCCCCUUGAUGAACUAAUUCCAAAUUCAGAACCUGUGUUGCUUCUCAAAAUUGAUGUCCAAGGAUGGGAAUAUCAUGUGUUGAAAGGGGCCGUAAAAUUAUUGUCAAGAAAGAAAGAUGCAGCUCCCUACCUAAUCUACGAGGAGGAUGAACGGUUGCUGCAAGCGAGCAGCAGUAGUGCCAAAGAGAUCCGGGAUUUCCUCCAUGGUGUUGGAUAUAGCCAUUGUGUCCAGCAUGGUACAGAUGCCCAUUGCACCAAGGGUUAGCGAGCACCAGACCGUUUCAUGGGAAACACAACCCCCCUAACUGAAUGGUUUAGUUUCCACUGUUUCCAGACCGCACCUCACCCCUUGCAAGGAAAUGUAAGACAUUCGGCUGCUUGGUGUUUUUCAUUUCUUCGUGCCGUGUGAAAUUUUUAGAUAUGUAGAGUUUGCAUGUAAGACACUUGGCUGGCUGCUCUGGUGUGUGCCACUUCUUGCCACGUGAAUUUUUCCGAUUAGUUGCAAGCUGUUGUAGGUGACUGCAAUAGAGGGCCUUCGCACCUGCACUGGCCGGGAAAGGUCAAGUUUUCUUGGAUGUGCAUUCGAGCUAUCCGAUUGUAACUUUUAUUGAUGCAAUGAUGUUUUUCUUCUCUCUUUCGUUUAAGAAAAUCCAUGAUUGAUUUU